AUGGAGGUUCAGACCGUCGAGUUCAAGCCAUUCACCGACCAGAAGCCGGGCACCUCCGGACUUCGUAAGAAGGUCACCGUCUUCCAACAGCCACACUACAGCGAGGCUUUCAUCACCAGCAUCUUGCUCUCCAUUCCUGAAGGUGCCGAAGGUGCCUUCCUCGUCAUCGGUGGAGAUGGCCGAUUCUACAACCCCGAGGUGAUCCAGCUGAUUGCCAAGAUCGGUGCCGCGUACGGCAUCAAGAAGCUCCUAAUCGGCCAGGACGGUAUCUUGUCGACCCCUGCCGCCAGUCAUGUCAUCCGCAAGCGCAAGGCGACAGGUGGCAUCCUCCUGACCGCUAGCCACAAUCCUGGAGGUCCCAAGAACGACUUCGGCAUCAAGUACAACCUCGCCAACGGUGGCCCGGCGCCCGAGUCGGUCACCAACAAGAUCUACGAUGUCUCCAAGAGUUUGUCUUCGUACAAGAUUGCGAGCAUUCCCGACAUUGACAUCUCGACCAUCGGUACCAAGACGUACGGUGACCUCGAGGUCGAGGUGGUCGAUAGCACCGCGGACUAUGUCGAGAUGCUCAAGGAUAUCUUCGACUUUGACCUGAUCAAGAAGUUCUUUGCCACUCACCCCGAUUUCAAGGUGUUGUUCGACGGUCUUUCGGGCGUGACCGGACCGUACGGCAAGGCCAUCUUCCAGCAGGAGCUCGGCCUUGGCUCCGAGUCGACACAGAAUUGCGAGCCUUCCCCCGACUUCAACGGCGGCCACCCCGACCCCAACCUUACUCUGGCUAUUAUCGCUCACCAUGCCCAGCUCAUUCCCUAUUUCAAGAAGAACGGUGUGUUUGGCCUGGCACGCAGCAUGCCUACUUCGGGAGCGGUGGAUUUGGUUGCCAAGAAGCAAGGCCUGAACUGCUAUGAGGUCCCCACUGGCUGGAAGUUCUUCUGCGCCUUAUUCGACGCCGAUAAGCUUUCGAUCUGCGGCGAAGAGUCGUUUGGAACGGGCAGCAACCACAUCAGAGAGAAGGAUGGUCUCUGGGCCAUUGUGGCUUGGUUGAAUAUCAUCGCGGGAUUGGGUGUUGCCAACCCCGGAGUGGCGCCCAGCAUUAAGCAAAUCCAGAAGGAUUUCUGGGCCGAGUACGGACGUACCUUCUUCACCCGAUACGAUUACGAGGACGUGGAUUCGGAAGGUGCCAACAAGGUUGUUGGUAUCUUGAGGGAUUUGGUGGCGGAUCCUAACUUUGUAGGAAGCAAGGUUGGAGACCGCACUGUCACGGAAGCUGGAGACUUCUCGUACACCGAUUUGGACGGCUCAGUCUCUUCCAACCAAGGUCUGUAUGCCCGCUUUUCCUCGGGCAGCAGGAUCAUCGUUCGCCUGUCCGGCACCGGUUCCUCGGGCGCCACCAUCCGCUUGUACAUUGAGCAGCACAGCACGGAUCCUGCUACAUAUGAUAUGGAUGCCCAGGACUUCCUGGCGCCUGAAAUCAAGAUGGCAACGGAGCUCCUCAAGUUCAAAGAGUUUGUUGGCCGUGACGAGCCGGAUGUGAAGACAUAA